AUGGAACUAUCUGAUGACAUUUUGAUCCCGUCAAUUUAUCGGAUCUACGGCUUCAAUGGUACGGUGACUGUACCAAAGGGAGAAGUUACUCUCAGAGUCUCGGAUGGAGAAGGAUACUUAGACACACUUACCACCUUCUGUGUUGUUGACGUCGUAUCACCUUAUGAGGCGAUCCUCGGCAGGCCUUGGAUUGCAGGCAUCAAGGGCGUGGCAUCGACAUACCAUCAAAGGUUAAGUUUCCCAUCUUACCGAGAGGUUGUGGAGGUACUAGGUGAUCCCCAUGUCGCACGGCAGUGCGUGCAGAUAGAUAUCCAACAAAAUGAAGAAAGGCGAUCAAGACAGCGCCGAGAAAAGAACAAAGCUAAGGAAAUUAGAGUAGGGGAAGAACUGGAGAAGGCACUCUCACAAGCCAUCACAACUUACGAAUCAGGCGAGCAAGAGAUAUUAUAG